CCAAUGUUCUUAAGUUGGGGUGGGAUGGAGUUUGACCCAGAGAGCAUGAUAUGUUUGUUCGACUUUGAUAAAGUGCCAUCCAAUAUGUUCGUUGCUGCUGUACUGUGUGUUUCGGUCAGUCUCUCUUUUGUGUCUAUCAUCGUAGCACAUCUCAGAAUUAAAGCAAAAAGACGGCAGUUAGCAGCGAUAGCUCCAAAUAUUUCAUUGAUGAAUGUUACGGUGGGUGAUAUCAAAACAAAAGAUAAAAAGGGAGACAUAACAAAAGAGCUUCGACAAGAAAUUGAUGAUAUAGCCUUGACUGGACGGUUGCUUACGGCCAUUUUCAUCGCAUCGUUGAUAUGGUUACCUUUGAUCGUUGCCCUGGUGUCACAUCAUAUUAUGAAUUACGGGAGAGAUUUUUGGGCGUUUGCUAAUCUACUCGGUCACAUGCAGUCGGGAUUAGAUUGUUUGUGUUACGUCAUUAUCAGCAAGUAUUUUAGGAGGGGCUAUAAGAACGCUAUACGUUUGAUUUUCUGUUGCAAGAAGAGACAGAUGUACGCUGCAGUUGAAAAUGUAUAAACAGUGUAAGUGCAAAAGAUCUUAAACAC